ACGGUUCCAAAUGCUAUCACAGAACAAAAAACGAGCACACCCCUCUUCAAAACUAUAUCACGAAUAGUCGUUGCCGAGACACGCUGCAUUUAACAUGUAAACAGUAUUGUAUAGGCGCCUUGAUGAGUGUACCUGGUCAGUUUAUUGGACAAAAUACAACGCCAGAUAUCCUCCGAAGCGCAAUUGAAUUUAUUGACCUCUACUUCCAGCAUAUCGGUCUAAAUGGCACAAACGAGCAUCUACAACGAGUAAAAUGCAUCGAGGAGUCUAUUUCGAAUAUUGGUUGGUAUGAUUUAUCACAUGAUGAGCUUGUAUUCGGCGCUAAGUCAGCCUGGAGAAAUGCAGCCAGAUGUAUUGGAAGGCAGCAGUGGAACACUCUGGAAGUCUUUGACAGACGUGAUAUUUCCUCUACUACAGAGAUGUUCGAGGCCAUUUGCAAGCAUUUGAAAUUCGCAGCAAAUAAUGGACAGAUUCGGUCUGCUAUGACAGUAUUUCCGGCAAGACGUAAAGGACAAAGCGACUUCCGUGUGUGGAACUCACAGUUAAUAAGGUACGCGGGAUAUAGUACAGAAGAGGGCGCGGUCAUUGGAGACCCGGCAAAUGUUGAGUUUACAAAAAUUUGCCAAUCACUUGGAUGGAAGGGAAAGAGGGGGAUGUUUGACGUUCUUCCACUUGUGCUCUCAGCAAAUGGGAAUGAUCCAGAACUUUUUGAAAUACCUUCGGAUUUGGCUCUUCAAGUACCAAUAUCCCAUCCGACCUUUGAUUGGUUCAGUGAGCUUGGCCUAAAAUGGUAUGCUGUUCCAGCAGUUUCAGACAUGUUGUUUGAAUGUGGGGGACUGCAGUUUCCUGCGGCACCAUUCAACGGAUGGUACAUGGUAACCGAGAUUGGUACACGUGACUUCUGUGAUACACAGCGAUACAACAUGUUAGAGACAGUAGCAAAGCGAAUGAACCUAGAUACGACAGAUAAUUUAUCAUUUUGGAAAGAUAAGGCAUUACUGGAGACAACACUUGCAGUUAAUCACAGUUUUCAGGCUGCUGGUGUUACGAUAUGGAACCACCAUACGGCGUCUGAUUCCUUUAUUAAACACUUUGAACAGGAGCAAAAGAUAAGAGGAGGGUGCCCAGCUGACUGGGUUUGGAUAGUUCCACCCUUAUCGGGAAGUGCCACCAAGGUUUUCCAUCAGGAAAUGGUGAAUUAUCACUUAAGCCCAUCAUUGGAUUACCAGGUAAGUGCUGCAGAAUCGCAUGAAUGGCAAGAUGCAAAUAUGCAAAUACAGGUUAACAGCAGACGAUUUACUUUUAAGCAGUUGGUCACGUUCAUUAUAUGUGCACAAUAUCUGACAAUGAAGGCGCUUGUCAAACGAGAUAGGGUUAGUAUAUUGUUUGGAACGGAAACUGGAACUUCUGAAAAAUUUGCAUUGAAACUAGCGGAAUUCUGCCGAAAUUUGUUUUAUGUAGAGGUUACUUCAAUGGAGCAUUACGAUGCAAGGAGAAUUCACAGAGAGCAUAUCUUACUAAUAAUAACCAGCACAUUCGGAAAUGGCAAUCCUCCUGAAAAUGCAAAGAAUUUUGCACGUCAACUGUCGUUACUGGCAAAAUCUUACAAAGAUGGUACGAAUGAUAUUAAGGAAAGUUUUAGUAAUGUAAGAUUUGCAGUAUUUGGUCUUGGAUCUCGUGCUUAUCAAACGUAUUGUAAAUUCGCUCACGAUGUCCAUCAGCAUCUCACUGAAAUUGGCGCAUACAGUAUACAAAAAGUUGGCGAGGGUGACGAAAUGUGCAAGCAAGCAGAGUCCUUUCAGAUUUGGGCUCAAGAAGUGGUGAAGACCAUUUGUGCUACAAGUGGCAAGGAUGACAAAACAAAGUUACUAAAAUCACUAAAUGGCAUGAUAAAAUAUCCAGAAUGGAAUCCAAAAGAAUAUCGUAUUGUGAAAAGCCACCAUGCAGAACCAAACCUGAUAAAAUCUCUGUCUAUUAUCCACCAGAAGAAGAUGACACCAUAUCGUUUGCUGUCAAAGGAAGAGUUGCAAUCGGCGAAAUCAAGCCGAUCUACUCUCCUUAUUCGACUGGAAUCUUGUGAAGAAACACGUUUGUCCUAUGUUCCGGGAGAUCAUAUCAUUGUUUUUCCUUCUAACGACAACACUCAGGUGAAUAAAAUCAUAAGAAAAAUCACAAAGCUCGAUUCCAUUGAUGACGUCAUUGAAAUUGAACAAAUCGAUGCCGGCCUUAACUGGAAGAAAUGCAAUAGGCUUCCACCAUGCUCAGUUCGGACAGCAUUGACACAUUUCAUAGACAUAAGUGCACCACCAACUCAAGAACUGCUAGCUUGUUUCGCCACGAUCACCUCUGAUGCCGCAGAGAAAGAGAUUCUCCAACGACUCUCUAACGAAUUCAACCUCUACAAGGAGACUCUAAAGGCUCUUGGAGAUCCUUUGGUGUCUGACAUCCUAAACAUCUUUACCAACAUAACGCUUUCUGCUCAGCUUAUCUUCACCCAAUUUCCGAUUAUUAAACCACGUUACUAUUCAAUCAGUUCGUGUCCAUUGGCCUAUAAGAGUGAGGUUCACUUGACAGUCACCAUACAAGAGCAUUUUCAUAUUAAUGGUUUAAAAAAUAAUGAACAAAUUGGAAAACGCCGGUUUGGCCUGUGUUCAGGAUGGUUUAGGCAAAUGAAAAAGGGCAAUAUUGUACCGGUAGCCAUCAAACGGUCGGAGGAAUUUCAUAUGCCACUUAACUCCAGCUCACCAGUUAUUCUGAUUGGUGCUGGAGCUGGUAUUGCCCCGUUUCGUGGCUUUUGGCAAAGUGAGCAGAAGGCAAGAAUGUUAGGUGAGAAAUGUCAAUCUACGUUUACGUUGUUCUUUGGCUGUCGUCAUCCUGAUAUUGAUUAUAUCUACAAAGACGAGUUGUUGGCGCUGUUGCUAUCAGGUGUAUUAGACAGUGUUCAUGUUGCAUUUUCACAAAAGGAUAAUGGUCGUAAGCGCCAUGUACAAAGGGAGUUACGUGAACAGUCGCUAACGGUAUACAAGAAACUGAUUGAAAAGGGUGGCCACGUGUACGUAUGUGGUGGGACAAACAUGGCAAGAGGUGUCAGGCAGACUUUGUUGGAUAUUCUACAAAUCCAUGGUCGCAUGUCAACGAAAAAAGCCGAAGAAAUAUUACAGUGGUUGAAGGACGAAAAUCGGUAUCAUGAGGAUAUAUUUGGUGUGUCGCGUUGAAAAUCGUAAAGAGAUAUCAACACAGCGUCCGGAAAUUUAGUGUAGUUGGGAUAGCAAAUAUAACGUGAUCAGUACUUACCUUUAUGAAGUUCAUUCGUUGGAAUUUUAAGGAUAUAUUUCAACUUAUAUUGUACAGUAGGAUGUAAAAUUAGGCUUAUUAUAUUUGGUAAAAAAAGUUAUGAUACGUGCCUUAUUCGAUAUUAGGUAUGUGCACACACGAUUACAAAAUGUAAGACAAAAUAUUCAUGACGUGAAAGGCUCAUCGAUUGUUGUCAGUUUUUCAAAUAUAAAUAUUCAUUUGAAGAUUUUUAAGCAAACAUUUAUAUUUUAAUUUUGCCUUUUUAAUGAAAAUAAAGUGCAAUUCAUCAUUAUGAACUAUAUAAUUCACUUAAAGUAUAUUUUCAUACCAUCUUAUACAUAUCUCCCGACUGGGAGUCCACGGUCCCCGAAAAUAGGUCCGAAAACAAAACAAAAAUCAAAUGACAUACCGGUACUGCAAUUAUUAUAAAAUAUGUCAUGUUAUGUUGACUAUGUAUAUAAAUUUUAUUAAAAUUAUAGAAAUAUACUAUUUCAAAUAUAUUAUUUCUCAUAUAAUUGCAUUUUCUGUAACUUUUUUUUUAAUAUUAAGAAUCGUUCAUGAAAUUGACGUCAGCUUAAACUUUUCUGCACUUUUUUAGAAGUUUUUCCAGUCUUCUACAUUCUUCUUGACUAACAUAACUGUUGUAACUCAACUCAUAAUACAUCUAAACGAUCGACAUGAUAUAAUAAACAAUACAAAUUUAAAAGAAAUAAACCAAGAUUUUAUAAACAUGUUUCUGCUGUAUCACACAGUCAUCUUCAGUAAACUAAAAGAACUAAAAACUUAAUACGCCACGUCAGCUGAUAUAGUACCAGUAGUACUAUAAUAGUAUUAAGAUAAUCAUAAAAUUAUGAUACAGGUAGUUUCUGAAUUUUAAAAGAGUUUCUACAAUGCUCUUUCGAAAAUAGUUAAAAUCACGUUUUCACUCUUUACUUGACCCUAAGGCAGUAUGUUUCAGAGAGUUGUCGAGAGGAUACAAGGUCACUUGAAUUAUAAUUUAUUUUGAUGGAUUGAAUUGUAUAACCGUUAGCUAUAUUUAGAAAAAAAAAACCAAUGUUAUGUAAUUUAUUGAAAAUGCUGUAUACAUGAAGUAUUUUUACUCAGAUGAAUGCUUCAUUAAAUACCACUCCAAACUA